AUAAAACUUUACCAGUCCACCAACUUCGAUACGGGAAGCGACAUUUCUGAUUCUUCAGCAGUUCCAUUUGUCGUAACUUUUUGUUGUUACCAUGACAUCGUCACCGGGCUCUCGGACUCUUAGUAAAGACGACGUCCAUUACAAGCUUCAUUUCCGGAUGAUAAACGAGCAACAAGUGGAGGAUAUCACUUUAGAGUUCUUCUACAAGCCGCACACCAUCACGUUACUGACGUUCACCAUCAUCAGCAUUAUGUACUUUGCCUUCACCAGAAAUGAUUCUGAUCCUAACAAUAACCUCCGGGUGGGAAUUGCACUCGUUGUCUCGUUUUUCCUUGUCAUCAGUCUCCUGGCUUUCCCCAACGGUCCUUUUACCAGGCCGCACCCAGCUAUAUGGCGCAUGGUUUUUGGUCUCAGUGUCCUCUACUUCCUUUUUUUGGUGUUUCUCAUCUUCCUGAAUUUGGACCAAGUGAAGCUCUUGAUGUACUGGCUGGACCCCAACUUGCGUUAUGCAACACGGGAGGCAGAUGUUAUGGAAUAUGCAGUAAAUUGUCACAUGAUCACGUGGGAGCGCAUCCUCAGUCACUUUGACAUUUUUGCAUUUGGACAUUUUUGGGGCUGGGCCAUGAAAGCUCUGCUCAUCCGCAGCUACGGACUCUGCUGGACCAUCAGCAUAACGUGGGAGCUCACAGAGUUAUUUUUCAUGCACUUACUGCCCAACUUUGCUGAGUGCUGGUGGGACCAAGUCAUUCUUGACAUCCUGCUGUGCAAUGGAGGUGGUAUCUGGCUGGGCAUGACUGUGUGCCGUUUUUUGGAGAUACGCACUUAUCGCUGGGCCAGCAUCAAGGACAUUCACAGUGCUACAGGGAAGCUAAAGCGUGCUGUGCUGCAGUUUACACCAGCUAGUUGGACCUAUGUGCGCUGGUUUGACCCCAAAUCUUCUUUCCAGAGAGUGGCAGGGAUUUAUCUCUUCAUGAUCAUCUGGCAGCUCACAGAACUGAACACUUUCUUCCUGAAGCACAUCUUCGUGUUUCAGGCAUCUCAUCCCCUGAGCUGGUGUCGUAUCCUGUUUAUCGGGAUCAUCACUGCCCCGACUGUGCGGCAGUACUACGCUUACCUUACGGACACUCAGUGUAAACGUGUUGGAACUCAGUGUUGGGUGUUCGGGGCCAUUGCUUUCCUGGAAGCGCUGGCGUGUAUUAAGUUUGGCCAGGAUCUGUUCUCCAAAACACAGGUCAUGUAUGUGGUCCUUUGGCUUGUGUGUGUGGCAUUCAUUACCUCUCUCUGCCUAUAUGGGAUGGUGUGGCAUGAGCAGAAAUACGGCGUGAGGCUGAAGAGCACGUCAGAUUGUGACGAUAGCAGUUUCCUUGACUCCUGUGGUUACGUUCCUGACCCCAUUAAAGGUGAAAGAAACUCCAGCAACCCCCAGAUGUUACGUCAGAGAAGAGGAGGAGCAGAGAAGAACAAAGCUAACGGCACAAGCAGGAAACAGUAGCUGCGUUGAUGUUAGUGUCGACUCUACACGGACCUUACACGGUAUUUGGAAAUCAAAGAGUGACCACGGGAUUGCGCUGUUUCCUCAUUAUGGCACUAAUUCUGCGUUAUUCUUUAUGCACGUUCACUUAUUUCUGUUUAUCACUGUUUCUAAUUGGACAGUUUUGUAGUUUUGAAGAAGGACUUACAAAAGAAGGAAAAGCAAAUGCACAUAUUUAGUCAUAUCCACAUUGUCCUUAACUUUAAAUAUAGUGAAGAACAUUUUUGGGGUCCCUUUUAUAUAUGAUGGACUUUCUCAGCUACAUUCCUACCAAACAGCCUUUAACUCCACGCAUGAACAGUAUGGCUGAAUAUAAAUUAGGAUAUUUUAAUGUAAGACAAGACCAACACUUUGUUAUAUGCACUAUAUGUAACCUUACAAAGCCAAAGGACGUUUUCUCUUCAGUCACCUACAAGAAGGUACAAUAUGGACCCAUUAUUGCAAUACUACUUUUUCUUUUUGUUAACAAUACCCAUAAUGAAAUCUAAAUAUAAAAUACACAAGAAAACUUACAUAGCUUAAAACAUGAUUUACCCCGAAAAAAUCAUUUUUUUUUAUAAAUCAAAAUGAACCCUGUAAGAAUACUAACUAUAAUAAAGUAAAUGCAUGUCUAAACCUUCACACACAUGCAUGACUUUUUAUAUGUAAACAUUUUCAGUUCCAGUCAUUUGUUACAGGAUCAGAUUAAAUUAAUUUUUUUAUUAAUUUUUUUUACUUUAGUAUCUGAUCCACUGUUUGUUACUGAUCCCAUGCAUCGGCUCCCGGAUCUCGAUCAGCUCCAUCUCUAGUAUUAACAUCACCUUAUUGCCUUGCCACGGCUUUUUUUUUGUUUCUAAAAACUGCAAUAGUUUAUUUGCUAUUUGGAGAAUCCUUUACCUGUAAAAAGUGAAAAAGGAAAACCUACUGCAUUCUCUGCACACACAUUUAUUUAUUUAUUUUCAGAUGUAAUCUCAAAUCUUAGACACAUUAUUUGAAUGUAUGCAGUAAUCUUUUGCUUUUUUUAAUCAGAACUAUAGAGAUGUAAUUUUCACUACUGUGACAAAUUUUACAAUCUUGAAGAUGGCUUUAAAAGAUUUUUAUGUCAUUCGUCCUACUUAGAGUUUAGCGUGUUUAGUUACAAAAGUAAUGAAAAUAACUAAAAUUGUUACCUGAAGAAAUACCUGUCUGUGUCUGUGUCUGUGUGUGUGUGUGUGUGUGUGUGUGAGAGAGAGAGAUGUGGGUACUACAUAAACAAAAUGUUUUUUUUUCUUCCUAAAAAAGGUGCUUUAUUCUUUUGUCUAUUGACCAAAAAUCGUAUUUGAUGUUCUUUUUGAAGGUUAUGCCAAAAAAAAAUCAACGAUUAUAAAGGGUGUUUUCCUACUUAAUAAGCAUGGUUAAGGUGUUAUGUAAAAUAUAACCAAGGUGCUAUAGGGUUUAAUAAUUAAUUUGUAUCGAGUACUUAUUGUUUUUAAAGUCACUGUGAAAAAUGAGUAAACUGAUUGUCUGGACUAACAAAGCAGGAUGUUUAACGUGCUCUCGUUUCUCAAGUCCAGUUGGUGGUACUGUUUCACCUUUUCCAGUUCAGUGCCUUAGUGAAGCAUCUGGAAAAAAUAAAGUAAAAGAAUUUCCAUGUUAGUGCCACUUCAUGGCCUGUAGAUGGUCCAGUGAUUUAGAGGUUUUCCCUUUAAUGAGUGACCAAUAUUCCUGGGAGUUAGCGGUAAAAAAAAUACUAUCUUUUGGUACUACUAUUAUUAUAUUGGCUUAUUAUUAUUAUUAUUAUUAUUAUUAUUAUUCUACUUUGGGGAAAUUUCAUCCUUAUUUUUCUGUGUGUGUCAUGAUAUCAUGUUUGUUUUUUAUUAUUUAACUUGUGGAAAAGGGUUUAAAAAUGCUUUUUGUUUAAGAAGACAGUGUUAUUUUUUUUAAGUGAUCACUAUUACCUGAAUGUUAUAAAAUACUUAUUAUAAACACAAAAACUGUGAUUGAACAAAGUGCUGCAGCUUUCUAAUGUCUUUAUUGUGUGGAGAAAACGAGUUCAAAUCUGUAUCUGUAUGUACUUCUGAUUUUAUUGGCCAGUCAGUAUAUCAGCCGGGUUCUGUGACCACGUUGAGAACGACUUGACAUUCAAUAAACCCUCAAAUUCAAAAUAA